AUGGCGGCUUCUCCUGCUAGUGAUAUGGCAUCAGUAAGGCAUUUGGAUACCUUACUUAAAAAAGCAACCGAUGCCAGCACUCCAACUGAAGAUUGGCAAGCUAUCAUGACCUUUGUUGAAGCUGUAAAGACGACACAAGAGGGCGUUAUGAUUGCUGUUCGCCUGCUGUUGAGCGGAUUGCAGAGUAGAAAUGAAGUUUGCGCCGUACGUACUAUCGUGGUUUUAGAUACUUGUGCUGUUAAUUGUGGUAAAGACUUCCAGCAAGAGAUUGGCAAAUUUCGCUUUUUAAAUGAAUUAAUUAAAUUAAUUUCACCCAAGUACUUAGCAAUGCAAACACCUGUUCAAGUUCAAAAACGAAUAAAGACGCUGUUUCGAAACUGGAGUAGAAAUAUCCCGUCCGAACCAAAAAUUAUAGAAGCGCUGAAUAUGUUAUUAAAACAAGGUAUCAUUACAGAAGAAGAAGAUGACAAGGUGGUGAAUGCCAACCAAGCACAAUCUCCUAACGCUACUUCACCUGAAUCGCGCACAAGAGGCAAGAGUAUCUUUGAAGAUGAUGAAAAAUCAAAGCAUCUAGCUCGACUACUACGGAGUAAUCAUCCUGAUGAUUUGCAAGCUGCCAAUCGAUUGAUUAAAAAUAUGGUAAAGCAGGAUCAGCAUAAGUUAGAAAAGCAUAGCCAACGGCUGAAUGACUUGGAAAGGGCUAGAAAUAAUGGUAAAUUACUGUCGGACAUGCUAGAUUAUUAUUCGACUAGCUCGUCCGGUCAAGAAAAGGAAACAAUGGAGGAAUUGUACCGUUCUUGUGAAGAAAUUCGAAAUCAGUUACAGAAAAAUGCUGGUGAAGUUGAGUCUGACGAAGCUCUGCUACAAAAUAUUAUCAAAGUCAGUGAAGAGUUAAGUGCCGUAAUGGAAAGGUAUCAAAAUGUCAUGGCUGGCAAGGCUGCUACUACUAAUCAAGUUAGUAAGAGCGAGGUCCUACUAACACAAGCUAAAACUGAUGUGCCUUUAGUGCCUGGCCCGGCAGCGGCACCUCCGCGGAAUGACUUACUCCUUGAUAUGGGAUUCAACAGCAGUGUGAGCUCCUCAACAGCAUCAAUGACAACGUCGGCUUCUCCUGCCAGACCAGACGGAAAUGAUACCUCUCUGUUAGAUAAACAAUUAGCAGAGCUUGGGUUGGGCAAUCUUGAUUCCAGUUUAUCUCAACCGGUUAAUCGACCGGCAAACACUUCCGUUAAUCCUGGCACCCCAAUUAGUCCAGCAUCCCAUGAUAUAUUCUCGAUGAAUGAACCAAGUACGCCUAUGAUGUCCGGUUUCGGAACUAAUACGACCCUGCAAUCCACUGCUAUGGGUUCACCUGGUCCUAACCAAAGUAAUGCAGUAUUUGGUGGUAAUCCAGGUUGGCCUAAUAGUAACACGAACAAUGCAUCACCAGCAAAUCUUAUUGGCUCUAUGGGCGGCAAUCAGGCUGUCAUGGAGACUGCUUACAGCGCAGCUAAACGAGAAGCUUUGGAAAAAAGUCAACAAAGUGGCAAAGGCAAUAUUGUGCUAGAAAAAUCGUCAGCGUUGGAUCUGCUUGCGCAAUUAGAUACUAAUAAGUCGGCUUCAGGCACUAUGAGCCCUUCAACGUCAGACAAUCAGCUGUUAAAGCCUGCAUCUCCCAGUAAUACAGACCCUAUUCAAGCACUACCUAAUUUAACCGUUCCACUAGAAUCUAUCAAGCCUGGCCAAACUGAACCUAUUACUGCCUAUGAUAAAAAUGGAAUUAAAACGUUAAUCUAUACUGCCCAGGAUGCACCAAUGCAAGGUAUCACAUCACAUAUCAUAUCAACCAUGAGCUUUUUACCAUUUGCUAUUAGUAAAUUCGUCUUUGAGGCUGCUGUACCAAAGACACAAGGAGUAAAGCUACAACCGCCCUCUGCGAGUAGUUUAGCUGCUCGUAAUCCAAUUGAAGCACCAGCAACUGUGACGCAAGUGAUGCUUAUAGCUAACCCAGCAAUGGAGAAAGUUCGAUUGAAAUUUAGAAUUAGCUAUGAAUAUAAUGGUAAUUCGAUAUCAGAUAUGGGUGAAUUAGAAUGGAUGCCAGAAUUAUCCGCAAGUCUUUCAUAA